GUUUAGCGCAAUAUUUAUGUCAACACUUCUUGUUGAUUUCGAAUUAUUUCAAGAUUCGAAAUUCAAAAGAAGGAAAUUUGUAAAUACCAAAACAAAACUAGAUUCAACCAAAAAUCUAAACAAAAAUGGUACGAGUAAAGUUCAGAUAUGUGGUCGUACAAAUAGUUCCAGAAGAUGAUAACAAGAAGGGUGGGCUAGCAUUCACCGAUCUGUCCAUUGCCCAAUGCAUAAUCAAAAAUGUUCAAAAGUAUUAUGGUGAUGUUGGAGUUGCAGCUAUUCGUUCUGGGCUGAAGUGUAAAUAUUGCAAUGAACAGACACGUAUCGCUAUAAUUCGGAUAAAACAUCGACCGCACAGAUUUGUGACGAGCAUACUUCCGCUGAUAGCUGUGGUUGGCGAUCACCUGGUUAAAUUUCGGACACUUUACAAUGGAGCAACCAUAAUGCAUUGCAAUAAGUUCAUAGUCAAUUUUCAGAAGCAAUUCCUAGAUCAAAAAAUGAAGAAUAUCACAAUGGGUCAACAAAAAGAAUUGCUGAAGAAAGUUAUGAAUAUCAAGGGCGUUGAGAAGUAAAACUUUAAAUAGAAAAUUGUUGUUGU